AAUUGAAUGCUGAAUGGCUUCAAAAGUGUAUUGUGAAGACUCAGCAACCAUUGCUUGCCCAAACCAACUUGACUUGUUCUUAACGGAGCUCGCUGACACAAAAGCAAAUUUUCCAGACGGUGAAAACGCUCAAAUUAUCCAAGAAGAGCUGAACCAGAUCAUACAAGGUACGUUACUGGACCUUUCUGGUAAGUACUGUUUGUUUCACAACGCAGUUGUCCAACAGGGAGGCAGUAUGGUUGAGGGUACUAAGAUUGGACAAGCAGAUGAAUUUGACUACGUUUUUAUUUUACCUGCGUUACAAGAACAAUUGUUAUGGAAAAAUGGUAAAGCCUUUUGUGCGGAUGAUUAUGACAUUAACAUUCAAUCGACGAAGCUUAUUUUGAGCAUGAAAGAGCUCUGUUUUAUGGAAGACAUUCUUUGCCCUGAUUGGUGCGAUCAAGAGGAAAACGAACAAAGGAGGAGAGAUCAACUUAUUUUUAAAGAUGGCAAAAGUCCUUGGAGAGAUGAAAUCUCCGCCAUGGUGUCUGCGGCGAUUCAUCGAUCAUUGCUGUCACAGGUUAAGAAAUUCCCCCAGUGGCAACAUGUCGCCCGAUUGAAAUACCCAUCUGGCAGAACAUACCUCCAAAUCCUCAAGUUUACUGAUGCUGAUGGUUCAGAAAGGUUUGUGUCAGUUGACAUUUGUUUGGCCAUCCAGAUUUCCCAUAGUACGCCCAACUCUGAACCUCUGCAACUACUAUUUGAUUUCUGGUCGAUUAAUACGAUUUCGUGCUCACGAAGAUCAGAGUCCCCAUGGGAAUUAUCAAAGCUAAGCUCUCUUCCGCUUGACUCGGUCGAAAAACGCUGCUAUCGUGUUUUGAAGUAUCUCAUUCAAACUUUCCUUGAAUCUCAACUGGACAUGUACACGAUGGAAUAUAAAGCAGUCAUCACAACCUACACGCUGAAGACGUUGUUCUUGAAAGUUUUGAUAGAAAGUGAGGAGAAAUGGGAGCUGCACCAACUUGGCCAAAAGACCCUAAAGAUCCUUCAUUUAAUCAGGCAAGAUUUGGAAACUUUGAAAAAUAAAAAAAAUAGUUCUGACCCACCGAUGGAGCACCCUCUACAAGUUUCUAUGAACUACUCUGUGCACCCGCGAUCUGCCGAACCAGCCCUGUUCCCUCGGUCGAAAUUGUUUAACUCUCGUAAAUCUUCGAGUGAACCGAUUUUCAAGCAACCGGAGGCUAUUGAAGAUCAGGUUUUUACCCUUAUUGAACUUCUUCUCAUGGUAAGAGAUACUGAUGAGGGAAGUCAGCACAUCUUGUCUCAAAUCAAAGCAAUUGAGAGUCUUAAAAUACUCCUAAAGGAUGGUGCACACCAAGUCUCCGUGAUGGAGUUACUGGCAGACCGAGAGAAAGGUUCUAAAAGUGGCGUUUAUAACAAUUUUUUGUUGAUUUGGCAUAUUAUGGAAAGAGAGGAUUUCAAGACUUUCAUGCGAAUGAGUAAGUUUGGCAUUUCAGUUCAGCCUGAAGGAAAGCAAGAUGACUGUGUAGUGUUUCCGAAAACGUUCUCUAUCCUGAAGUAUCUAAACUGCUCCCUUUUCAAGAAAGACUCGGAAUCUGCUGGAAGCAACAGUGUUGAACUAAUGGAGAUGGAUGUGUUUGAUCAUGGCGAUUGGAAUCAAGUGGUUUGCUGGAAUGUCAAUGAGUCUGUAGACUUACGUUCAAUUCUAUCAGGAGAGUUCUGCUCCUUUUGUGCUGCACAUAAAAAGUAAAAGUUUUCGUUCGAACUAGUUUUUCGUUCGAACUAGUUUUUUUCGGCUUCGUGUGUGAUUGCCCUCCAUUUCAUCUUAAGCUGUUGUUUGACAUGCCAGUUAGUGUUAACAACUUAGUUGAAAACGUAAAUUGACCACCGUAAAGAGUUUAAAGGCUGACGUUUCGAGCAUUAGUCUUUCGUUAGAGUGAUUGGAGGAAUUGUUGGUUGUGUGUGGGUUUAUAUGCAAGAAAUGAAGCUACGCUAUUGCUCAAUUGCAUAGCUCCAUUUUCAUUAAAACCGUUUAAUUCUUUUCUUGCAGAUUCGUUGCGAAGGAUUACUGUAAUUUGCAAAACGAUCACUUAACUGAAUGCUUCUCUCCCUCGAAUAAUUUUUCAAUCUCCUACAUUUAAUUUCGAGAAAUUUUUGCUCAUUUUCACGCACCAUGAUACUUAUUAUUUAAACCGAUGAUAGCGACUUCGCACUUAGCCUCACUUAGUUCUCACGCCGUAAUUUCGGCACCAGAACCGCAAGAACUCGGAAGUGGCCUAAUGAUUUUAACAUUAAU